AUGGAACACAUAAAAUUUAUUGAUGGGUUUCAUAUAAACUGCUGCAACUCCGAAGAAACUACCGGGAUAUUGCUUCGAAAAUCAGAGGAAGAAACAGUGAGUACUCUGGGAUUACUCGAGAUUAAAUUAUUGGAGACUAAAAAUCAAUUUCUCACUCAACUGUUAGAAUCGGCGAAUGAAAAAAAUGAAAUUCUAAAAUUGAAUAAUGCCUUACUCCUUCAACGAAUACAGGAUAUCGAACGGAAAACAAAUGAACCGCAGAAAAACGCGAAUAAACAUCAUGAAUCUGUUGAUAACAAUUCCCAUCAUAAGGUUGUUAUACCAGUCAUUAAAAUCGACAAUUUGACAGAUUGUUCACCGGCAUCUGUAACUGAUGAUCUCAGAAAUAUGAUGCCAACUGAGAAUAUUCCUUCAAGCAGCUUCGCAACAGGAAAUCCUCCAAACAGAAACAGUAAAAGGAAGAUAUCCAAUUUAUCAAACCCAGUGUUAUUGCAUAAAAAUGAUCAGGGUAUGAAAUUGGAUCAAACUAAGAAUUUGCAUACUGAAAAACCAAUUGAUCGAAUUGAAGAACCAGAAAAAUUAUCCUGGACUCAGGUAGUCAAGAAAAAAACAGCGAAACAAAAACAAAGCACUAUGGCUGACCUUCUGAAGGAUGAAACAAACUCAAAUUCAAACGUUCAUCCGUUAGAAACGGCACAACGAGAAAAAAUGCAAGAAAUUAUAAACCUUGAUAAAUAUUCCGAAUGGAAGAAUGUUUCUUAUAAGGCUAGGACACAUCUUGUCAGUGAGAAUAAUCAUAAUAAGUCAAGCAAUAGCACAAAUCCUCAAAAGAAACGAAGAACUACGCAGAUUGGUACAGCACCAACCGCUGAACCUAGUGGAUCUGGUUUUCAAGGAAUGGAGAAGAAAGUUUGGAUUUUUAUAAAUCGCAUAAUGAAACAUGUCACAAUACAGGAUAUACAUAAGUACAUUGCAAGUAAACCUGGUUUUGAGGGCAACCAAAUAGAAGUGAGGGAGAUACCUGGGAAUCCAGAGGGUUUAAAAAGAUUUGUAGUGACAGCACCGUUAGUCCAUAAAGAAGAGAUGUAUAAGUCAGAGUUCUGGCCAAAUGGAGUCGGUAUUAAGAGAUUCAACUUCAAUAAGUAUAGAGAACAAAAUUUUUCCGUGAUGAGAGGAGAAGCAACAGUAAAAUAACGUUCAAAAC